AUGAUUGGAUUGUUCGGGUCGAAGCUAAAAGUUCUCAAUCUUAGAGAGUGCUCAAUAAGCAAAACUCCUGACUUCUCAGCAUUUCCAAGCUUAGAGAGCUUGAUUCUUGAGUCCUGCGGGGAGUUGGUUUGGGUUGAUUCAAUAGUGCUUCUAAAGAAUCUGAUCCUCAUAAACUUGAGGAGAUGUUGGAGACUGGAGAAGUUGCCUGAGCAAUUGGGUUCCAUGGAGUCACUUGUCGAGCUUCUUAUUGAUGAUACAAGGGUCAAAGAAUUACCUAUAUUGAGAGCAUCUGUUGGAUCCCUCGUGAAUCUCAGGAGACUUUCGUUAUCGCAUAGUGGGGUCGAGGAACUUCCGAACUCCAUUGGGCAGUUAACCUCAUUGGUUGAACUGAUCUUGACGGGAACUGACAUCAGAAGGUUGCCGGAUUUCGUUGGAGAUCAACAUGAUUUGGAAUUGCUCAUGAUCGAUGGAACAUAUGUCAGUUGUUUACCGGGUAACCUAGGAAGCUUAAAGAAGCUCAAAGUUCUCGAUGCCUCGUGGUCUCCACUGAUGGCAACAGAAUACCAAAUAAUUUCCGAUGAAAUUUUGAGUCUAUCCUCUUUGAGGGUCUUGAAACUUAACAUGGUAAAGAGCCUCCUGGCGGAUAUGAGCACUCUCUCAUGCCUCGAGACCCUUUAUCUUUUUAAGACGGAUCUUCAGACCCUCCCCGAGCUUCCAUCUAGCUUAAUUAGUCUAACAGUUCGACUGGCAUCAGCACUGACUUCCUUGAACCUUGCGAACUUGGUUAAUCUAAAAGAAUUGAUUUUGGAUGAGAAUUGGAAGCUCAAGGAGCUGGAAAGCGUCUCUAGCUUCAGCAAGCUCGAAAGAAUGGCUUUGUACUCCGUGGAGAUAUCUACCUUACCGGAAGAGAUAGGUGCAUUUCUCUGUCGUCUUAAACAUCUGAAUAUUGAGGGUUGCAAGAGACUUAAAAGCCUCCCCAUACUUCCCUCAAGCCUGUUACUUUUGAGUAUCUGGUGUUGUGACUCACUUGAGAGGUUGCCAGACCUUUCAAACUUGAAGAAUUUGUCGAAAUUAUGGGUUAUGGAUUGCCUGAAGCUCAGAGAAAUCGAAGGCCUUGGCAAUCUCCUGUCCCUGAAGGAUUUGAAUACAAAUGGCUGCCUUUUAAUGAGGCUGGACGAAUUGGAGUCGCUGCAAAAGUUGGAUAUAAGCAGUUGCAGAUCGCUCAGGAAGUUGCCGAACCUAUCGAAGUUGCAGAGGCUGGAGCUUUUCAGCAUGAGUGACUGUGAGAGCAUCAUGGAAAUUCCAGGACUCGAGGAACUGAGUAAUCUGCGGGAGUUGAACAUAUUUGGAUGCAAGGCACUUAAGUUACCCGAUCUUUCAAAGCAGCAGAGUGUAACGCUCCGAACCUAA